AUGGAUGUUCAGCUUUACGUGUAUGACCUGUCCAAGGGUCUGGCACGAAUGUACUCUCUUGCUCUGACAGGGACACAAAUGGAUGCCAUCUAUCAUACCUCCAUUGUGCUGAACGGGGUCGAAUAUUAUUUUGGCCAAGGCAUCCAGACUUCCGUCCCAGGGAGCACUCACCACGGACAGCCCAUGGAAGUCGUGAAAUUGGGCACCACUGAGCUUCCAAGCGAUGUCAUCGAAGAAUAUCUCGGUUCUUUGUCGACGAUUUAUACACCAGAGUCAUAUGAUCUGUUUCUUCACAACUGUAACAAUUUCACGCAAGAUCUAUCCAUGUUCCUUGUUGGCAAAAGCAUUCCAGAGCGCAUCAUCAACCUGCCUCGGGAGUUCCUUCAAACCCCAUUCGGGCAGAUGAUGAAACCACAAAUCGAGUCUGCAUUGAAAGGCGUCACCCAAGGUACCGGCCCAAGUCCUAUUCCAGGACCAAGUGCUCGACCUGCCGCGCCUGCGGCGCCCCCGGCAGCGAAGCCGGUGGUCCCUUCACCGGCCGGGACCGUUCGAGUUGUGAGCAAUCUGAACCAGCUCGAGAAUGAACUCAGGAGUGCAUCGAACUCCUGCGCGGUCAUCUUUUUCACAUCGGCGACAUGCCCGCCAUGCAAGGCUGUUUAUCCGAUCUACGAUCAACUCGCGGCCGAGGCCGGUGAUCGAGGCACCCUUAUCAAGGUGGAUAUCAGCAUGGCGCGCGAUGUGGGCAUGAAGUACAGUGUGCGUGCAACACCCACCUUCAUGACAUUCGUGAAAGGUCAAAAGCUCGAUGAAUGGAGUGGAGCUAGUCCGUCCCAGAUCACUGGUAAUGUCCGUAUGCUCCUCGAAAUGGCACACCCGACGCACCCCCAUCGCCAACUUCGUCUCCCAAGCCUCCAGCGCCAGAUCACGAACUUUGUGACGUACAAAAAGGCACCGCCGCUCGAUAAACUCUUGCAAAAGUUACCAGUGGAGUUCAAAGAAGGUCGGGGUGUUGGAGAGGUGAUUGAAUUCGUUCAACUUCGACAUUCUAGCGGCACAGAACCUGCAGCCGAUACCAGAGUCCCUGAUUUGCACACCUUUGCCACGACAUUGAACUCGGUAUACUCAAAGCUUCCCAGUGACAGUCACUUUGCAGUUGUCGAUUUAGUCCGACUUCUUCUGUUGGAUCCCCGUGCAAGUGGAUAUUUCGCCGAAGAAGCAGGACACGCAACUUUGCUCACCAUUCUCGCGCCCCUGGCACAAGACGACACCUCAUCAUCUCCAUACAACCUUCGCAUCGUUGCUCUUCAACUCGCCUGCAAUCUCUUCAGCACCCCUCUAUACCCAGCACAGCUUACUUCCUCAUCUUCGCCUCUACGUUCAACUUGUCUCAGCUUUGCAACCAACUCCCUUCUAGAUUCACAUGCAAACCUGCGUGUCGUUGCGGCCUCGUUUGCAUACAACCUCGCUGCAUUCAACCACAACGCCCGUUUCGACGGGAAAGCCGACGCCCUGUCGGAGGAAGACCAAGUCGAGCUGACCGCAUCUUUACUGGAGGCUGUCUCGCGAGAGGAUCAGAGCGUGGAGGCGCUGCAUGGCUUGCUGUAUGCAUUAGGGCUAUUUGUCUACGAAGCUCCGAUGGACGGGUCUUUGGUCGAUCUCUGUCGUGCGAUGGGUGUGGCAGAUACUCUUUCCGAGAAGAUGAAGGUCCAGGCUGUAAGCAAGGAGCCACUUCUCAAGGAGCUGAGGGAGUUGUUUAGCAAGGGACUAUGA